CCUCUGGCCCAGCCUGCCGGGCGGUAUGCGGCUCAGGCAACAGCGCUAAGCGCCCCCACUCUGGGCACGGGGCGUACUCGCUCCUGGCGGCUGGCCGAGCCGCGGCGGCGGAGGGCAUGCGCCCGGGACGCGCAACGCUCCUGCCGCGAGCUACCGCCCCGAGGUGGACCCCAAGCAGGGCUCAUCGCAGGACUGCGCGGACCCCUGCCACCCGGGGCACGCGGCUGCGGAGCCUCGGGGCCGCAUCUGCGGUCAGGAUGUCCUGGGUGCCUCUCUGCUGGUGAGGAUGCCCUGCUGCGCGGCUCUGCAUCCCCAGCCCCGGUCCCUGGUGGGCACGACUGAGUGGGCCCGACUUCGGCCCCUCGUGCUGGUGAAUGAAAAGCGCCGGAGUCCCUGAGUACGAUCAGCGAUCGAACCUGAAUUUUAAGAGCCAUGGACGAAGGCACUGGGCUGCAGCCCCCGGCGGGAGAGCAGCUGGAAGCACAAGCCACAGUAGGAGCUGUCUACGAGAAGUGCGACCCAGAGACCUUUAGGUCCAAGAGUUUACCGGUCCUGAAUAGCGCCUCCUGCCGGCCAGACCUCAGUCCUGCGAGUGCAGGAGCCAAGCCGGCCAUGGGCUGUACAGAUUCUUUGGGCCAUCAGGUGUUGAAGCAAGGCCCAAGACGGCUGGCCCCCAGUCCCUCUGCUCCUUCCACUUCCGCAGAGAUGGCAGGGCUCAUGGAAUGUAACCACAAGGUGGAAGUCAGCAAAGCUGUGUCGGUGUCCUCCACUUUGGCCACGCUCCAGGGGAGAAGGUGCCUCUAUGUGGUCCUCACUGAUUCCCGUUGCUUCCUGGUUUGCAUGUGCUUUCUGACCUUCAUCCAGGCGUUAAUGGUGUCUGGGUACCUGAGCAGUGUCAUCACCACCAUCGAAAGGCGCUACAGUCUGAAGAGUUCCGAGUCGGGGCUGCUGGUCAGCUGCUUUGACAUUGGGAGCCUGGUGGUCGUGGUGUUCGUCAGCUACUUUGGCGGCCGGGGUCGGAGGCCCCUGUGGCUGGCCGUGGGUGGACUUUUCAUUGCCGUGGGGGCUGCCCUCUUUGCUUUACCUCACUUCAUCUCCCCUCCCUACCAGAUCCAAGAGUUGAAUGCCUCUGCUUCAAACGAUGGUCUGUGUCAGAAUGGCAACUCCACGGCGCCUUCGGACCCUCCCGCCUGCCUGAAGGACUCAGGAGGAAAUAAUCAUUGGGUCUAUGUGGCUUUAUUCAUUUGUGCACAGAUUCUCAUUGGGAUGGGUUCCACACCUAUUUAUACCUUGGGACCAACCUACUUAGAUGACAAUGUCAAGAAAGAAAACGCAUCCUUGUACCUAGCCAUCAUGUACGUCAUGGGAGCACUUGGUCCUGCCUUGGGAUAUUUACUAGGUGGACUUCUUAUUGGUUUUUAUGUCGAUCCCAGAAAUCCUGUUAACCUUGACCAGAAUGACCCUCGUUUCAUUGGAAACUGGUGGAGUGGAUUCCUCCUUUGCGCCAUUGCAAUGUUUCUUGUGAUAUUCCCAAUGUUUACUUUUCCAAAAAAGCUUCCUCCUCGACACAAGAAAAAGAAAAAGAAAAAAUUUUCUGCUGAUGUUGUUAGUGACGAUGACGUUAUGAAGGAGAAAUCAAACAAUAGUGAACAAGUGGACAAAAAAGUUUCUUCUAUGGGAUUUGGAAAGAAUGUCAGAGACCUACCAAGAGCAGCUGUCAGGAUCUUAAGCAACAUGACAUUCCUUUUUGUGAGUUUGUCAUACACAGCUGAGAGUGCCAUUGUAACUGCUUUCAUUACCUUCAUUCCCAAGUUCAUCGAGUCACAGUUUGGUAUCCCAGCUUCCAAUGCCAGCAUCUACACUGGUGUAAUUAUUGUCCCCAGUGCUGGUGUUGGCAUUGUCCUGGGAGGCUACAUUAUAAAGAAAUUGAAACUUGGUGCAAGAGAAUCUGCUAAACUUGCCAUGAUCUGCAGUGGUGUGUCUUUACUGUGUUUUUCAACCCUAUUUAUUGUUGGGUGUGAAAGUAUUAAUCUAGGAGGCAUAAACAUCCCGUAUACAACAGGACCUUCUCUCACCAUGCCUCACAGGAACCUGACAGGAAGCUGCAAUGUUAAUUGUGGUUGUAAGAUACACGAGUACGAGCCAGUCUGCGGAUCAGAUGGAAUUACAUACUUUAACCCUUGUCUGGCUGGCUGUGUUAACAGUGGUAAUCUUAGUACUGGGAUAAGGAAUUACACAGAAUGCACCUGUGUCCAAAGCCGGCAAGUGAUCACUCCACCCACGGUGGGACAGCGCGGUCAGCUCCGUGUGGUUAUUGUCAAAACCUAUCUCAAUGAGAACGGCUAUGCUGUGUCCGGGAAGUGCAAACGAGCCUGCAAUACCCUUAUCCCAUUCUUAAUUUUUCUCUUUAUCGUCACCUUCAUCACAGCAUGUGCCCAACCGUCAGCCAUCAUAGUGACACUCAGGUCAGUAGAAGAUGAGGAGAGACCUUUCGCGCUGGGAAUGCAGUUUGUUUUACUGCGAACACUUGCAUACAUUCCGACGCCAAUUUACUUUGGUGCAGUCAUCGACACCACGUGCAUGCUCUGGCAACAGGAAUGUGGAGUGCAAGGCUCUUGCUGGGAGUACAACGUGACAUCGUUCCGUUUUGUCUAUUUCGGUUUGGCGGCUGGCCUCAAAUUUGUCGGCUUUAUUUUCAUUUUCCUGGCCUGGUACUCCAUUAAGUACAAGGAGGACGAGCUGCAGAGGCGACAGUGGAGAGAAUUCCCUCUGAGCACUGUGAGCGAGGUGGUGGGUCACACCGACAAGGCCGAUAAGUAUGCCCGGACUAGAUCGUGCCCGGCUUUCAGCAGCCAGGGGGAUUUCCGCGAAGAGACUGGUCUGCAGAAAGGGAUCCAGUACACAGCACAGACCUAUCCGGGGCCCUUCCCCGAAGCAAUAAGCUCCUCCCCGGACCCGGGGCUGGAAGAGAGCCCUACUGCCAUGUAGCCUCCCUCCUGAAGCUUGAAAACGGAAGACUUUAGUUUUGUUGGUUGAGUUGAAUAUGGCAACUUGAGAAACACCCGUGCCUUCUUUUCUUUCUUUCUUUUUUUAACCUCUAAAGACGCAGUCCUCAAAAAAUCCAACAAAACUCAGUAUACACAGCCACUAUUGAGUGAGGGCUGGAUACCUCAACUAGACUGAAAGCCUUUACCCCCUUCUCUCCAAGAAGGAGGAGUUUAGACAGAUUUGUUACCAUUUCCGCUACGUGAAUUUCAUGCUCGUGCUCCAGGGUGGCAUAAGGCUGAGAGGCGCCUGGUUAAUGAAAUCUUGGGAAGUGUAUUGGCAGUACAUAUCAUUAGCAUACACUCCAGACAAAGGUGAGCUUGACCAUGACUUUGCAUUUACAAAUCAGUUUUUAGAUAUGAACACCUACUGUGAGUUCCGCUACAAAGCACAAACGAAUUUGCCUCAACUAUGCAAUUUUGAUUGGGAAAAUGUAAGUGCAGCAUGUUACUUUUUCUUUUAAGAGACUAAAGCAGAUACAUUUUUGAAAAGAGCACAAUAAACCUUUCCUAAAGUACUGUUAUUAGCAUUUUAAGCCAUAGCAGAGUUAUAAAUCAGGUAGAAUUUUUCAAAUGCUUCAAAGGAAUCAUAUGCAUAGUGUGAUAAAAGGAACAGCUACUUUAUUUCAUAAGACACUUUCUUUUUUAGUCUGUCUGCCCCAUCAUAAGGUAAAGAGUCUGCUGAAUCGUAAAUCUGAUAGCUUGAAUAUAAACCCCGGUAUUCUUUUGCCAGGGGCUUUAAAACUAAUGUGCUAAACAGUAUGGCUGGAACCUGAUUUAAGAUGCAUCAUAAGGAGAGAAACUGAUGGCUUUCUCAUCCAAAGAAAAAUGCUGCAGAAAUUCUUUUAGCUCUUGUGGGCCCACACAAGGGUAGCUAAGAAUCGUAACCUUGACACUCAAAAUAGUUGGAAAAAGAAAUUCCACAGAGGUAAGACCGAGUCCCAUCUGAUCGUUUUAGUUAUACGCCUAGAAACCCUAGCAAAUCAUUUUCUUUCUUAUGUACAGAAAAUUGCUGUGGUUGCCCCCUGAAGUUGAGUAAUUAAAUCAGGAAAGCUCAUACCUGUGAUAAGAAAAUCACUCUGAAUACAGGAGGAGGUGGAUCUGUGAGCUGUGAGAGUAUGAUCCUAAGUCAGGACUGAAAAUUACUUAAAAUCAACUCAUCUGUUAUACUGAAUUCCCUUUAUCAGAGCUAGAACGAUUUUACAUCUCUCUUUGAUUCUUUCCUCCUGUUAACCUUCCCGAAGUGAUUCUUCGAGAGGAUUUCUCUGUUCCUAAAUGCACUUUGCGCUCAUUAUCCAUCAUCCUUUUGAGUUCCUCCCAGCACAUCGCUUUGACUUGGGUGCCACACAGAAUGCUUUCUACAUGGUUCUUAAGGUAGAUGCUUCCUGACAGCACUCUGGACUGACAGCAAGUUAACUCAUGGGGUCUUGGUUGCUCAGAAAAAGAAUCCUGACAACCCGGAUGUCGGAGGGACGCGGAAGGUCCAAAUACCAGUAUAAUUGUGAACAGUUUCUGCCAAGGAGGCUAUGAUUAUGUAGGGGCUAAUUUAGGAACUGAUUUCCUUGGCUGGCUUACACUCUUCCGUAGAGGGGAAGUGAGUGACAGAACUGUCCCGUGAUUCAAGCUUUCUGCCCUUCAUCCUUGGAGGCGCUGGUGGAGUUGCAUGAACAUUCCUGGGUUCAAGGUCAUUUUCCUCUCCACCUAAGAACGGUGUUGUCAAAUGGUUCUUUUGGUGGCAUGUGGUUUGUGGCGAGGGUUAUUACUAUUAGACUGAAUAAUGUCUGGAAGGGGUGGAGCCAGUGGUCUCAGGUGACAAGGACUUCCCUCGAAAUGGUCUCAUUUGGCUGAGUCGUAAGUCUGCUGUUGCCUGUAAUUACACUGGUGUCUGUCCAACUUGUCUCCACAUGGUAUAUACAGAGAACAUUGUUGAUUCACUUAGUGUCUACUCUGGUGCCUCAGGGUUCCCCUUUACUCUCUAUGGGAGAUCUUUGAUCUUUUAGGUCUGUUAGAAAGUUUCCUUUUGUGUUAGAGCUGAAGAUAUACAGGUUGGGGAGAGGUGGUAUUUGCAAAAGAAUUGCAUCGAGAGAAUUUGGAUGGAAU